GGGACGCUCUUUCUUUCUUCUCGCUGGAAGACUGGAGGACCAGCGAGGGGCUGUUUGUGGAGCCGGCGGGCGGGCGGUUUGUCUCUCCUUCCUGCGCCUCUUUGGUGCUGGAAGGCGGGCCGCAGGGUAGCUGUUGGCGCCGCCGCCUCUCUGGGCCUGGGCGACUCACGUGACCGACGCCGGCUCUGAAGCGGUGGCCGCACCGAGGCGGCGGCGGCGGCGACUGCAGCUCGGGAGGUAGCGGCCUGGCGAGGGACCGGCCGGUUGCCCUCUCGGACGGCCGCGGCGGAGGACAAAAAUGGCGGAGGCUUCGGCGGCCGGGGCGGACUCGGGCGCCGCUGUAGCCGCCCACCGGUUUUUCUGCCACUUUUGCAAGGGCGAGGUCAGCCCCAAACUACCGGAAUAUAUAUGUCCCAGAUGUGAAUCAGGCUUUAUUGAAGAAGUGACAGAUGAUUCCAGUUUUUUAGGUGGUGGCGGCAGUCGGAUAGACAAUAGCACAACAACACAUUUUGCAGAGCUUUGGGGCCAUUUGGAUCACACGAUGUUUUUUCAAGAUUUUAGACCAUUUCUAAGUAGCAAUCCACUGGACCAAGAUAAUAGAGCCAAUGAAAGGGGUCACCAGACUCACACUGACUUCUGGGGAGCAAGACCUCCACGGUUGCCAUUGGGUCGGAGAUACAGAUCUCGAGGAAGUUCUCGUCCUGACAGAUCUCCAGCUAUUGAAGGAAUACUACAACACAUCUUUGCAGGAUUCUUUGCAAAUUCUGCCAUUCCUGGAUCUCCACACCCUUUUUCCUGGAGCGGGAUGCUGCACUCCAACCCUGGGGACUAUGCCUGGGGUCAGACAGGGCUUGAUGCCAUUGUAACCCAGCUUUUAGGACAACUGGAAAACACAGGCCCUCCCCCAGCUGACAAGGAAAAGAUCACAUCUCUUCCAACAGUGACAGUAACUCAGGAACAAGUUGAUAUGGGUUUAGAGUGUCCAGUAUGCAAAGAAGAUUACACAGUUGAAGAGGAAGUCCGGCAGUUACCUUGCAAUCACUUCUUUCACAGCAGUUGUAUUGUGCCAUGGCUAGAACUGCAUGACACAUGUCCUGUAUGUAGGAAGAGCUUAAAUGGUGAGGACUCUACUCGGCAAAGCCAGAGCACUGAGGCCUCUGCAAGCAACAGAUUUAGCAAUGACAGUCAGCUACAUGACCGAUGGACUUUCUGAAGCUAAAGACCACACCUGAAUCAGGGCUGUGGUAAUCAUCUUACCAUAGCUGUAAAUUGUAUCAAAACAAAAAAUUAGUAGAUGGAUUUAGGAAUCACAUAAGAAACAACACAUAAUAUAAAUGCAAUGAAUGUUUUUCUUCUUUAAAUUUAAAGUUAGUAUCUACAGAUGGAAUUGUAUCUACAACCAAAUGCCUCUUGUCCCUGAAUUCAGAGUGAUAAUUUUAUAAGUGUGAGACUUAAUUAUGUAGGGCUCCCCCCAUCUAAAUAGAAUUAAUUCCUUAAAGUCUAGUUAGGGUCCUGCUGUCUGUCAUGUUGGCUUGUAACGGAUGUUUCCACCUCCUUCUCCAACCUCUGCCCCACCAUUAGUGUAUUUUACCAUAAAAACAGUGGAACCACAGCCCUAAAGUCCUGCUGAUAUAAAGUCUUUUUGUCUUAAUUGUAUUUUAAAAAAAAACUACUCUUGAUCACAUUAGCUAUGAGGCGAGGUCAAAUUCAGGAAUCUAAGACUAAUGAUUUUGUUUUGUCUUGAUCCCCAGAGAGCAAAUCAAAGAAAAAUUACAGCAAGAAGAGAAAAGUGGUU